CGGAAAUCUCGUCGAGACCCGAGGCGGUAAAUUUUAAGUUUUUCCGAAAAUUGUUUAUUUGUUGGAUUGAAUCAAGUGCCAGCUUUUGGAUUCAUUUCUUAAAAAGGUUUUGCCACACGAUGAUUAAAGCCACAAUCGCGUUAACCUCGAUUUUUACUCCAAUAAUCUAUAUCAAUCGUUUGAGCUGAUAAUAAUAAGUAACGUGUCGGACUCGUCAACAUGACGCGUAGGCGGUGUAGGUGAGUUCAGUCCGCACCGUAAGUAUUGCGCCUGAAUUUGCUGAUCAAAUGCAGCCAAAUUCCAACUCCUGCCAUCAGAUGAGGUGACAUAAGAUCGUAUGGCAUCAGUUGCAGCACUUUGUGAUUUGUUUACCUUCGUCAUCUGUUAUGUCAAAGCCAUGUCGGACACGUGAUUUUUCGAAUUUACAAACGCUCAGAGGUUGAAAAAUCGGAGAACAGGCGAUUCCAAGUAUUAUGCGUGAUUUAUUUUAUCCAAUCAGAGAUGGAUCAGCAAAAACACAAGAUUUGCAUGGUCUCCGAUUUUUUCUAUCCUAACAUGGGCGGCGUGGAAGAGCACAUUUUUAAUCUAUCCCAAUGUCUUCUGGAUCGAGGACACAAAGUUGUGGUUAUGACUCAUUCCUACGGCAACAGAAUUGGAGUGCGAUAUAUGACCAAUGGCUUAAAAGUUUAUUAUUUACCUAUUAAAGUAUUUUACAAUCAGUGUGUACUGCCCACCAUGGUGUGUUCAAUUCCUUUGAUCAGGUAUAUAUUCAUCAGAGAGCAAAUUGAAAUCAUACAUGGACACUCUGCAUUCUCAGCUUUAGCCCAUGAAGGAAUGUUGAUUGGACGUUUGAUGGGAUUAAAGACUGUUUUUACAGAUCAUUCGCUUUUUGGUUUUGCCGAUGCUUCCGCUGUAUUAACAAACAAAUGCUUGGAAAUAUCUUUGGCUGACUGUGAUCACUGUAUAUGUGUGUCACAUACUGGAAAAGAGAAUACUGUCCUAAGGGCCAAAGUACAGAAAGAAAGAGUCUCUGUGAUACCUAAUGCUGUAGACACUGCUUUAUUUACUCCUGAUAUUAGUCAGAGAAGCAAAGAUUUCAUAACCAUAGUGGUAGUAUCUCGUUUAGUAUAUCGCAAAGGUGUAGAUUUUCUGGCAUGUAUCAUACCAGAAAUCUGUGCACGUUAUGAAAAUGUGCAAUUCCUCAUUGGAGGUGAUGGGCCAAAGAGGUGGCUGAUAGAAGAAAUACGAGAAAGAAAUCUGCUGCAACAUAGAGUUACCCUACUAGGAAGUUUAGAACAUUCACAAGUGAAGCAUGUAUUAAACAAAGGCCACAUAUUCCUUAAUACUAGUCUUACAGAAGCUUAUUGUAUGGCUAUUGUUGAAGCUGCAUCUUGUGGCUUGCAAGUAGUUUCUACCAAAGUCGGUGGUAUUCCAGAAGUUUUACCACCAGAUUUAAUUUAUUUAGUUGAACCAAACGUCCCUUCUUUGAUUGAAGGAUUAGAGCAAGCAAUCUCUGACUUCCAAACCAAUAAAGUGACUUGUCCCAUAGAGGUGCACAGAAAAAUAGGCUCCUUUUAUAAUUGGCAUAACGUUACUAGACGAACAGAAAUAGUUUAUAAUAGCGUUCGUAAGGAAGAGGAAAAGAAAUUAGGCAGACAGUUAUCAAGCUAUAUUCAAAGUGGUGUAUUGCCUUAUCUUCUUGUGGUAGCCUGGUGCUACAUCGUCCUCCAGUUUCUUGAGUACUUUGUCCCGCGAAAGUACAUUGAUAUUGCAAAAGAUUACAAAAAAUCUGCGAAGUCGUCUGAAAAACAGAAAACUAAACUGUAUCAAAACAGUUUAAAUUAAAUCAGUCAAAAUGACUUAAAAUAUUUUAGCUUUCAAUAAACUAAUUGUUACUGAAUCAAUGAGGGAAUGCAUAGAAAAAAUUAUUAUCAUACUGAUAAUAGUUUGAAAUGUAAAAGUGUGAACAUGAGUUAUCUGUUACGUCCUAGUCCAAUUGUACAUACAUAUUGAAUGUAUACUGCUUAUCAAAGUACAAAAUAUUCAACCAAAUGCUUUUUAGCACAAAUUAAACCUAUGAAGUGCAUUUGUAUUUUUGUACGCCACUAUGUGUACGUUUUAAAUCAUCUGCAUUCGGUAUUUAUUCAAUAAUCAAGACUCGUGAAGAUUUAGAUAUUUUUUUCAACUUAUUUUAUUACAAUACAAUUGUCGUUUCAUUGCUUUGUAAAAUACAAACUUCCGUUCUUCCUGGGCUAAAUUAUUCGUAUAAAAAUGAGAAUAAAGAGCCCUGUAUCGUUGGAAAGUAAAUGUAUGAUGUUUUGUUUUUCUACAAACACAAGUCUUGUACAAUCACAUUUACAAACAUGUAAGUUUCAGAAUAUCACUAAAUUCAUUUUGUCUCAUGCAUCAUAAGAAAUAUGAUAACGCUGAUAAAAUUAAUGUUUUAAUCUUUUGAUAUAUAAUACAUUCAUAAUGAUGGUUUUUUAUAAUAAUGAGUUUUAUUUACUAUGUAAUUACAUUUAAGGUAAAAACCUAAAGCCUAAGCUUCAUGUAAAUUAUGUAAAAAAACAUUAGAGGAUGUUUACACUUUCAUUCCUGUUGAUGUUUCAAAGUGUCGUAUUUACAGAUUAUUGUUGAGGAGUCAUUGUUGACGAUCAUAAGCGACAAUAAAAAUAUUUGCAUUUUAUAUGCUACGUAUAAUGCCUAUAAAUUUCAUCCCCAUGCAUAGUACUCAAUAGUUUUAUUAUCAUGUUAAAUAACUAAAACACAAACGAAUUAGAAAAACUAAUUUUAAUGAAGCAUAAUCUUUAUUAAAAACAGAAAAUUAUAAAACAAGAUUUAACAAAAUUAAAAAUCCAGAUCGAAAAUAUAAUAAUGUUUAUUCUGCCAUGUUGUUGUAAGUUACAUUCAAUAAUAAUAUUCAUAAUUAUUAUAAUAAAGAUAAUAUUGAUACAAUAUCAAUCAUUAUUCAUUCUCGUCUGUUUAAUCAUCACUGUAUUAUUGUACAAUUGGUUUUUUACAUAAAUCUUUCUUAGUCAAAGAUCAUUGCUUUUUCUGAACAAAAUGUCACUGGAAAAAUCAACGAUCUUUGGUUCAACAACCUUUACAACAUUACAAACGAACAGACUUGAGGCGAAAGUCGACGUUUACAACGAGAAUUUUUCAGCUCGUGAUAAAGCCGUCGAAUUU